UGAUACGACGCGAGUACUCCUGUGUGUAAACUAAAUAUAUUGUAAAGUCCAACUGAAUUACUAGAAAAGGAGAGAAGUGGCAGAGGAAAAAAAAAGGUAUAUUUUAGAAUCUACGAGCGGAUGAGGGUGAUAAAAAUCGAUUUUUCAGCGAGGAAAAACCAGGGUUACCGAGCUUAAGCAAGCGUCGCUUUACUAUACGAAGCUUUAGGACUUUUGAACCUCAAUGCAAGGAAUAUCUCUUUCAAAGUGCAACUCCAGCAUGGUUGGACGCAAUGAACAGGAGCACACAAAUUUAUCUCCUUUCUUUCAGGCGCAGUCUCUACCCCGCGUCAUAGCAAUCAAUGUUGGUGGAUACUAUUUUGAGACUAAGUUGUCUACAUUGACCAAGGAUAAAGACUCUAUGUUAGCCGCCAUGUUCAGCGGCCGGCAUGAACUGGACACGGACAGUGAAGGGAGAUAUUUUAUCGACCGGGAUGGAACGUACUUCAAAGAAAUCCUGAAUUAUCUUCGAGACAGUACGCAGCUGCCAAACGCUGACAGAGCUCUCGAGGUUUACAAAGAAGCGCAAUUCUACCAAGUACAAGGCCUGAUUGACACUCUAGAUCGUUUCUCAAACGUCUUUGCACAUAAACUAGAAGAGGCAAAGAAAUCUAAGCUGGGAAGCGAUUUUGAAAAGUGGCAACAACAGAUCAUCACUUGCGCACAAAACAAGAGUCUUCAAAACUUGACGUCAACAAGCAAAGUGAGCCUGCUGUCGCAAGAGGAUCAUAAAAAGGUUAUGGAAUGCGGAGACUGCAUUGGUCCGCAUGCGCACAAUCUGGUAGUAUCCAAACCUGCUACACAAGGAGUUGUUCAUCACCAGGAGACAUUUGAUUACGUACAGCGACGGUUCAGGGAAACUGACCUUGUUGUUUGUAUUCUAUCGAACGCAGAUAUGAAAAUGUUCAUAAGCAUCACCGAGGCCGACUUGAAAAAUAAUGGCUACUGCGUUAGCUUUCGUGAGGAAAAAAUCCGCUGCAAGAAUGUCAAGCUGCAUUAUGGGAUAGGGAAAGAGGAGUGUCGAUUUAACGUCACGGAACACGUGGUCGAGUUUGAAUGGUAAAUAGGCUACCUUGACUAGCGUUCACGAACCCCGUGGGGGUGGGGGGGGGGAUGUUCCCCAUUUUAUGUUCUUCCCCCUCCCCCAUAUCAAGAAGUUCCUACCCCCGUACGCAUUCCCAGGUUCCUCCUAUCCUUUAUCGUUUUGAGCUCCUACUCUCCAGUCCCCCUCCACCUAGGGGUAGUCUAUAGAAAAGGCGUCAUUUUUGCGUGUUUCAGACAAGCACGUUGGAAACGCGAAAGGCGAGACAAUCUUCGUGCGCGACUUGCUCCUCGCGCUCGACUCGCAUCAACUUCCGCUCGCCUGAUACGCAAGAAAAGAAAUACAGCUUGUUCCACAGAAUUCUUUGUGGUGUGAGGCUGAAAAAUGGAUUGCUUUAUUUAAAUACGUUUACUGGAAUUCCCCUCUAAGACCUCAAUGGAGGCGUGUCAGGAGACUAUGGAUAUUUAAGUGAAGCAAGCGAAUAAAUGAAGAUAACGUUGAAAUUUAAGUGUCGUGGUUUCCCAGAUACCUAAGUGCGUCCGAAACGAUGCUUGCGAAGAACGCUCACUUUACUCAUUUAACACAAUGGAAUCACUUCUGCAUGUACUUUUCAGCCACAAAAUUCUUUGAUUGAUCAAGCUAUGCUAAAUUUUUAUGACCAAUCUAGGUACAUAAAGUUUUACGUAAGUUUUUGCGCUUCUGUUUUUAAGACAACCUGAAGAAAAUCCUCAAGAAAAAAGCGGGUUGUUAAAGUCAAAUUUAAUUUACAGGGAAAAAAUCAGAGUUAUAGCAGUUAAUACAUUUCCGUUUUGGUCACUAGAAAUGUUCUUUACGGUUAACUUUUUUUACGACUUAGAAUUCGUCAAUUUUUACACCUAACGGCUUUUUAGUUUGGCCGUUUUUAAGCGAUCGGUUAACCAUAAUGAGCCUCUCAUUAAUAGCCGCACUUGGCAAAAUAUUUCCACAAAACUAUUCUGACUGUUUCCCUUUAUACAGAUUGUCGAAAUAGUUUUGACAAUUUUAAGGUUGAAAAUGCUGCUCACCUGUUCACCUUUCCUCACAAAUAUGAAAAAAUAAAAAGUAAAGAGGUACAGUAUUCAGCGAUAGAUGUCUUAUCGAUAAUACGCACGACACUCGAAGUGUUUCCAGAGGGAAGUCGCCAUGAAUAUUGAUGAUAGAAACUGACUGAACAAAGGUGAAUAAGAAGGCUUUUACAGAACCAAA